AUGUCAAAAUCAAAACCACUGAGCUCUAUACCGUUGCUUACGAAACUACAAGUGAAGUUAACAACAACAACACAGGUCUAUCUUGAUGUGACUAUCUUAUUCAAUGUUUCUGGUUUUGAGGAAAGCAUUUUCCCAUCAUUUCAAACGGAAAAAGAAGAAAAGAAGAAACUACAAUCCUACUUGGCUGCGCGGACCAUCCAAAGAUACUUCAGAGGGCUUUUAGUAAGAAAGCACAUAAAAAUGCUACAUUUUAAAACAACAAUCAUACAAAAACAUUGGAGAGGUGUUCUUGGGAGAAAGUUGUACUACCAACUUCUCAAAGAGACAGUGCAAAAACGAUGCAUGGAGAAAUUUAAUAAAUGCGCAACUACAAUUCAAAAGGUUUGGAGAGGCUACUUAGCAAGAAAGUUCAUUUUCGAUUAUAAUUUAUUCAAAGAAUGGAUGGAAAAUGUCAUGCAAGCAAACAAAAAUAUUGUUGAGAGAAUUGAGAAGGAGAGAACGUCUGAUCAAGAAUCUAAUGAAUUAGCAACUGAAGAAGAGGCCAAAAAGAACUUGCACUGCGUUCUGUUGAAGUCACACCAUUUGCUGCGCACUUUCCAUAGAAAAGGAGUUCUGAGUAGGAAAGAAGAUACUAGAGAAUACUCAUUCACUGAAGAGCUAAUGAGAUCUUUCAAUUUUAUGUCUUACUUGAAGAAGCAGAAACAAGACGAGGCGAAAAGAUAUAAAAUAAAAAUCAAGGAUGAUGAGAUGACCGAGGAUAUUGAAUUUACUCUUGAAAAAAUUAAGAAAUUGAAAAGAGAUUGCGCUCUUCAGAGAGCUAAAGAAAGGGAGAAAUCUGAACCGAAAAAUCAACUGAGGACACAGAAAAUAAUAAAAAAGAGAAUACAGAAUAUUUCAAGUAAGAAACAAACGGAAGAAUGCAAAUGUUGUGCUAUACCAAACUACAGGAAUUAUUGAAAAUCUUGUUUGCAUGAUUAUUUAAUUUGGAAAAAAUGUUUACUUAUUGGAAUUUUUUAAAGUUAUCCAAAAAGAGGCUACUCAUCACUUUUAAUAGUUGAAUCUUCGAGGUACUGAGACGCGAUUGUAUUUUAGAUUAAUUGAUUUUUGUGAUCGUUACUGUUUUUCAAACUUCAUAAAUAAAAAAUUUGUUUUUCAAACAAAUAAAUAAAUAUUCAACACAA